AUGCUUAGAAACACCUCCACAUCGAAAGCGUUUAUCAGAACACAGUCCACGCGUCCGUAUCCAGUUAAUUUGCAGGCUGUCUACUAUGCACCUUUAAAGCUGCCUAUCAAAUAUGGUGAUCUGGUAGCGGACAUUCAAUUAAGAUCGUACGAUAACGAAAACAUGGAUUUUUACUCAGAUUUUAUAUUGAGGACGGGCUACUAUUUGGGUAUCCCGUUAACUGGACCCAAACCCUUGCCCACUAGAAGAGAGCGCUGGACGGUAAUAAAAUCGCCCUUCGUUCAUGCUAAAUCCAAAGAGAAUUUUGAAAGACAUACUCACAAGAGACUCAUCAGGGCCUGGGACACGAACCCAGAAGUGUUACAGUUGUUGAUAUCUUACAUUACAAAACAUUCUAUUGCAGGCGUUGGGAUGAAAUGCAAUUUCUUCGAAAGAUCAGUGAUAUCGCAGAGUUUUGAUUCCGACACCAAUGAAACUCAAUCACUAAGCAAUGUCAAUAAAUUAUAUUCCCUAGGUAAAGAUGAUAAAACUCAGGAUAGCGCUAUUGGUGAAAAAGUGCUUGAACUGUUAAAUAGUCCUGAUUUUCAGAAACAUUUGGAAAAGAAGUGA